UUCAGCUUGCCGCACUCUGUGCAUUUUUACUAGUACACUGGAAACAAGGUGGCUCGUUACGAGUAGUUACCCAAAACGGUGCCGUUCGACGGCCAAAUAUAAUAAAUCCGACCCGCAUGCUUUCGCUUUGCUUUUCUCGCGAGGACAAGCUUCGCAGCGGCUAUGCUACGAACGAGCCCCUAUUCCCGCGGGUCUUUCGGUUUGUCCGCACGUACUGCUUCCAGCCCGACGACAGCCCGCUAGUUGUGCUGUACUACUCCGCCUUCACAACCCUCGCGACAGUGCCCACCCUGCUGUUCAGCAAUUUGCACAUGGACGCGUUUCUGAACGUGCACGGGUUGAGCACGGGAGACGUGGCACGGGUCCACGUUUUCUAUUCGGUCUGGAACACAUUGAAUGACGUUUUCGCGGGGGUUUUUUCUGAUUUCAUCAUGGCCAAGUUUAAGUUGCGGCGCAUAGCGUAUUUAAAAUUACUGUCCAUCGUGUGGGUCAUCGCCAGCGCUUUGCCCUUUCUGUUGGUGUCCGACAGCGGGCUGGCGACGUUAUCAAAUGCAAAUAUGUCUGGGUCUGGGAGAUUGCGAGAUUUGUCAUGCUAGUCUGGCAUGACUCUGAGCUCUGUAUUGCGUGGCCGCGAAGAGCCCCUCUUGCUGGUCAUGCAAAAACGCACCUUCUCAUGCGAAGUACGCAACUCAGAAGCACCGAAAAACUUGUCAUGCUUGGCAGCGCAUUACGGUGUGGUCACUGCUCCCUUUCUUGCAUCACAGGUUUCCAGACCCAAAAAUUCUUGCAAUGCAUACACGUCGGUGUUCGGGUAUUUCGUCGCCCACGAUGUGGUAGAUGUGGAAGUGCAAGAAGAGGGGGCGAUCUUGGCGAAGCUGGUCCGGGGCGAGCGUGCGGAGUACGCACCGUGGCGGGCGAGGCAUCAUGGGAGCAGUGCUGGUAGUACUACUGAAGAAGCUACAGGGAGUUCCGGUGCUAGCUCGACUGGCGCGACAUCAGGUACUAGUCCAUCUACUCGCGAAGGGGCACCACCAGCAAGGCGGCUGCAAGAAGCUGCUGCACCGGAGAGGAUCUCCAACGAGGCUGCAACACCAGCAACGACUGCCGCCGCAACCACUGCACAACCGCUUCCGUCCCUCGGGAGCAUGGCGGGCGGGGAAACGAUGCUGGCGACUUCCUCUGGUGCAGCUACAGAAACUCUGUGGUCGGCCGUUCUGCUGUACUUGGUAACGCUCUUUAUCUACGAUGGGUGCGCCUCCUUCGCCAUUAUUGCGCGCAACAUUGUGAGCAAUGAGAUUGCGCAGUCCGAGCCGGAACGCUUGAGUUUGCAGCGAUGGAACAGCAUCUUCGGUGUCACGGAAUUCGUGUUUGUCAGCGUCGGCGUGUUGCUGUACCAGCACGGGAAUACAACAACUUCUAGAGCUAGUACAACAACUACUGGCGCAACCACUUCUGUCCCCGGCACUACAUCCUCCUCGCAGACGGAGCACGUCAUCUCGCGCAUCUCCAGUUCCUUUCAACUCUACUUUAUCAUGCUCGUCGGGUUCUGCGUGUGGCUCACCGCGUUUGUCGCCAACAGACUAGAGCAGCACGCCCGGGAGUCGCGGAGUCAGCCCGGAAGCCCCAGCUAUCAAAUGCAAAAGUGUCUGGGUCUGGAAAAGUGUAGACUUGUCAUGCAGAUUUUCCAUGACCCAUGAGAUCUGGAAUGCGGGCCUUAGCAUGACAGACUCUGCGAGGUCUCUGCCAUGCCUAUCCUGCAUGAGAAACUCCCUUCCAACUGGGUCAAAAGUGUACAGCUUUUGGCACUCAUGCAACACAGAUUUUUGCAUGCAGCUUCAGACUUACCAUGACAAGUUGCAAUCUUCCAGACUCAGACACUUUUGCAAUUCAUACCAGCCGGCUGCACACCAAAGAGGUCGAGCUGCCGCUGCGGAGAGCCUCGGAGUUGGUUCGCACGGGUGAACUGGAGGACGAGCAAGAGCUCGAAACCUUUCUCGACCCGUCGCCAACGACGUCCAACGGAAGAUUUUCGGCGCUCCGGUAUUCUGAGUAAAAACGUCCCCACCCCAGAGCUGUCAUGCAAAUCUGCAUGCCAAAAAAGUUUCUCAUGUGGAGCCCCAUGACAGCCAUUUUUUAGUCGGGUUUUGGAAUUUGUGAUGCUAGAAUCAGCAUGAUAUGCUAGAUCUGUGAUGCUUCGGAACUAGCUAAACAGGAAUACACUACGAGGACAAACUUGUCAUGCGAAACAACCGAGGUGGGCUGAUUUGUCUAGCAGAUUUCCCAUCCCGACUCUGGUGUGGGGACAUUUUUUCUCAGGAUAUCCGGAUCAAUACGGCAGUGGAGAAGGAGCUCGGACUCGAGCCGGAGAUGGUCGGGAGGACGCAGGCGAACAACGGCAGAAUAAUUGGAAACAUAGCAAGCAUAGACCGGGCAUCAAGGGCAUCCGCAUCAGCAGCAGAGAAAAAUCUUCAUGCAGACGAAAAAUAUAGUACUUCUACCCACGACGGGGUUCCUGUGGAUGUUCUGGAGGAACAGUCCCUUCCAUUAGCGGCCCUGUCACAACGAGGACCUCCAGAAACCACAAAUGCGCAAGAAAACAGCGCGAAUCUGCCGUCCGCUGGCGAGUUCGUUCAAUCUCUGAGCUUAAACUUCUGGCUUUUCGUCGCAGUCUACGCACUAGUGGAGAUGCAGAGCGUGUUUUCUUCGCAGUUCCUCCUGAUGGGGCUGCACCGGCUCUACCCGCAUUCGAAAGUGCAGAUUCUCGCGGCCUACGGUCUGAUCGGCGGCGCGGCUGGGGGGCUGCGCUUCGUUUUCACCUGGGUCGCUGCGAAAGUCGGCGUGUAUAGGAUCGUAUUACAAACGUUCUACCUGAAGCUCGGCGUGUUCCUACUCUUCAGAUUUGCGUUAUGGGAAGAGGGAUCGUCUCUUCUUGCGUUUGACGGCGCCAUAAUUUCUCCUCCGGGUGGAGCUGGAACUAGCACAACAACAAAACCGGUCUACCAUCUGUGGACAAUACUGGUUCUGAUCGUGGUGCAUGAAGCGUGCGUACUGCUGCAACUUGGGUAUAGCAACAUCCUCUUGAACAAUCUAAUCGACGAGUACGCCGUGGAUAAACACACGCAACUGCCGCCGGCCGGCUACUUCUUCUCCGCCCUUGCCGCGUGUGUCAAACCGCUGAACUCCGUCGGACCGAUACUCGGGGCCUAUUGGAUGGAAAGUUUAAACCAUCCAAAAAGCAGCACUAGUUCUUCUCCUGAUACUGGAAGAACCUCCGGGGAGCGGCAGGAGGAUGCAGCGACACAAAACAUUUUGUACAUCCAGUUAGCGAUAGCAGUAGUGCAAACAGUGCUAUGGUCGCGAUUCACGCUGCACGGAUCGAAACUGCGCAUGGUCCAGGAGCACGUGAAGUGGGGUUUGACAACGAUGGUGUAGUAGGCAGAAAAGAAAAAGAUAUGCUGGGACGGUUCAUAUCAAAAGCGACUUCACUGUUAGAUGGCACAGCCCCCGAGAAUUCAGAUUUCGUUGAAAAUGAACAUCCAUUUUGCACGCCUGUGUCUCGUACGCAUAGAUAGAGAUAAU